AUGAGCCACAGAUCCGGAGACUUCAGUAAAAUCCUCAGUAAAACCGAGAGUCUGAUGCGAGAGCUGCUAGACAUCCCCGACAACUACAAGGUGAUGUUCCUUCAGGGCGGCGGCUCGGCUCAGUUCAGCGCGGUCCCCCUGAACCUGAUCGGACUGAAGCCGGACCGGUCUGCGGACUACAUCGUGACCGGGACCUGGUCUUCGAAGGCGGCGAAGGAGGCGGAGAAGUACGGCAAGGUCAACGUGGUGCAUCCCAAACAGGAUGGCUACACCAAGAUCCCGGAUCCCAGCAGCUGGACCCUGAACCCGAAGGCGUCCUACGUUUACUACUGCUGCAACGAGACCGUGCACGGCGUGGAGUUCGACUUUGUCCCGGAGACAGACGGCGUCCUGCUGGUCAGCGACAUGUCCUCCAACUUCCUGUCCAGGCCCGUGGACGUGUCCAAGUUCGGUCUGAUCUUCGCCGGAGCUCAGAAGAACGUGGGCUGCGCCGGCGUUACCGUGGUGAUCGUGAGGGAAGACCUGUUAGGCCACGCCCUCAAAGAAUGUCCCAUCAUUCUGGAUUAUAAAGUACAGGCGGAGAACAACUCUCUGUACAAUACGCCGCCAUGUUUCAGCAUCUACAUCAUGUGCCUGGUUCUGGAGUGGAUCAAGAACAACGGAGGCAGCUCAGCGAUGGAGAAACUCAACAGAGACAAAUCCUCUCUCAUCUAUGACAUCAUCGCCAACUCGGACGGCUUCUACGUGUGUCCCGUGGAGCCGUCCUGUCGGAGCAGAAUGAACGUCCCGUUUCGUCUGAGGACCGAAGAAGGAGACGAGGCCUUGGAAAAAGAGUUUCUGGACGGAGCGGCCAAACGUGGAAUGAUCUCACUCAAAGGACACAGGUCCGUGGGGGGGAUCCGGGCCUCUCUCUACAACGCGGUGACGCUGCAGGACACGGAGGCUCUGGCCGCCUUCAUGAAGGAGUUCAAGAAGCAGCACUUUUGA